AUGGAUGAAGGACGUCUUGGCAUUGUUCGAAAGCGUGAAAAUAACCAUCGGAAAUACGUUUACAUCGUUAACGACGUCAUCAAAUCAAAAUGGGGUGUCUUAGACGAGCACAUUACAAGAGAAAAGGUACAGCAUUCGUUGGAUUGGGAAAAAUCAACCACAGCAGUGCGACGAAUUCUUAUUCGUCAGAAAUUUCUAAAACAAUGUAUGAAAAUAAGAAGAGACGGAGUGGCAACAAAAGUUAAGGAAAGUAUGCUCGGUUAUUAUGGAGGGAAGUCAAUCCCUGCGUUUACUCGUGACAUCGACCAGCAAAUAGCUGACAAUCAUCCUAGACUUCGAAGAAUGCGAAAAGUCAGGAAACAAAUUCAGGAGAGUAUAGAGACUGGGAAAAUUCUCAAACCUAUUGAAAUGUCGAAAAGAAUGCACAAUUACUUUGAUAAACAUUUCAAAGAGGAGAAAAAAGAACCAAAGAAACAACAAAAAGACGAAGAGCAGGACGAUGAUAGGCAGAGAAAGGACAUUUUUAGUAAACAUAGAGGAGCCCUACCUCCAAUUCGAGGAUUAGUUAAUCCUUUUUACAAGUUUGUGCGAGAGGAAGAAGAAAACACUAGUAAAAGUAAUGAUGAAAACAAUGGCCAGCACACGUUUGACCAAUUGGUCGUGGAAAGGGAUAAAGAAAAACAAGAUAAGGGAUUGAAUAAACAUUCACUGCUGCCAAAAAUUAAGGAAGGAACCACAGAAACAACAACUUCUAGAACUGACAGUCCUAAUAAAUCAACACCACUCCCUCAAUCGUUGCGACUAGAGAAGAAGGGUUCUCUCAUCCUUCCUCCGAUUUCUAUGACCAAGGAACUUGUAGAAAAGACAACACGUGCUUGA